AUGGAGCAAACGGGCCUUCUUGACUUAGACAACCCAAUCCACAUGUUUGUGUUACAUUGGGUGUUUUUACAAAGAAUAAAUUAUGCUUUGCAUGAGUGGAUGGACAGUUUUAAUAACCACCCACUUUCAACUGAGCACAACUGGACACCAAACCAACUUUGGAUUAAUGGCAUGCUAAGAGAAGACAAUCCACUAGCUAUUGGGGGGCUUGAUGAUGACCCUCAUGAUACAAGGUUUUAUGGGGAAGACCUAGAUGGACCAACACCUUUCGAGGACAGUGAUAACUGUGUCAUAGUUUCAAAAGUUCAUAUACCAGGAAUUAAUUCAGAAGAACUAGUGUUUCAAUUAACACAAUCUAUUGAUGCUUUGAAGCUUUCAUCGUGUUUUGGAAUUGACAUUUUCAUUGAGGUCCUACAAUUUGUAGUACAGCUAAUAGAGCACGAGCAAAGUAGAUAA